CCAGGUGGAUGCGCGAUGUCUAUAACUGUCCACGUCUCUUAAUCUGUGUCAACACACGGCACAGCUUCGCGGAGCGCGCCAGCGACUGAGAGGCAUUUCGCGGAGGCCCAGGUCUGGGGCGCAGGCUUCUCUACUUCCGGCCCCGCCCCCUCUCCCGCGGUUGCUAGGAGACGUGAUGUCACCGGAAGCGAGGCCUGGGAUAGGCUAAGGCGAAGGGAAGCCUCUCCCACCCGGUGCAACCUCAGCGCCCGGCGCUGGCUCGCCAGCUGUUUGUAGGCCUGGGUGAGGGGCGGGGGUCCGCGGAGGGUAGAGCCGCCCGCGGCCGAGCCUGUCCCUCAGGCUAGGACCAGCCGCAGGGCGGGCGACUCCGGGGCGGCUGCCCGUGCUUCCGACUGACAAGCACUGUUCCCGUAGCCCGCGCUGCCCGCCACGUCCCUGGUCUCGGCCGACGGCGCUGCGCGGCGGGUGACCUCUCCGAGCCCCGCGCGAUGACGGCGCCCUGCUCCCGGCUGGCCCGGCUUCCUCCGCGCCGCCGGCUCCGGCUUGUGCCGUUCCCGCCGCCGCUGCUGUUGCUGCUGCUGCUGCUGGCGGUCGCGGGGCCGGCGCGCGGCUGGGAGAGCGGAGACCUGGAGUUGUUUGACUUGGUGGAGGAGGUGCAGCUCAACUUCUACCAGUUCCUCGGGGUGCAGCAGGAUGCUUCAUCUGCAGACAUUAGAAAAGCAUAUCGUAAGCUUUCACUAACUUUGCAUCCAGACAAGAAUAAAGAUGAAAAUGCAGAAACUCAGUUUAGACAAUUGGUGGCCAUUUAUGAAGUUUUAAAGGAUGAUGAACGAAGGCAGAGGUAUGAUGAUAUUCUGAUCAAUGGACUUCCAGAUUGGCGACAGCCUGUAUUCUACUACAGGCGGGUGAGAAAAAUGAGCAAUGCUGAGCUGGCAUUACUUUUGUUCAUUAUUCUCACAGUGGGUCAUUAUGCUGUGGUUUGGUCAAUCUACCUGGAAAAACAACUGGAUGAACUGCUUAGUAGAAAAAAGAGAGAAAAGAAAAAAAAGACAGGCGGGAAGACUGUGGAUGUAUCAAAACUUGGUGCUUCAGAAAAAAAUGAAAGAUUACUGGUGAAACCACAAUGGCAUGAUUUGCUCCCCUGCAAGCUGGGAAUUUGGUUUUGCCUUACACUAAAAGCAUUGCCUCAUCUAAUCCAGGAUGCUGGGCAGUUUUAUGCUAAAUAUAAAGAAACAAGAUUGAAGGAAAAGGAAGAUGCAUUGACUAGAGCUGAACUUGAAACACUUCAAAAGCAGAAGAAAGUUAAAAUAAAAAAACCAAAACCUGAAUUUCCUGUAUAUACACCUUUAGAAAGUACAUAUAUUCAAUCUUAUGAUCAUGGAACUUCUAUAGAAGAAAUUGAGGAACAAAUGGAUGAUUGGCUGGAAAACAGGAACAGAACACAGAAAAAACAGGCACCUGAAUGGACAGAAGAGGACCUCAGCCAGCUGACAAGAAGUAUGGUUAAGUUCCCAGGAGGAACCCCAGGUCGAUGGGAAAAGAUUGCCCACGAAUUGGGUCGAUCGGUGACAGAUGUGACAACCAAAGCCAAGCAACUGAAGGAUUCAGUUUCCUGCUCCCCAGGGAUGGUCAGACUCUCCGAACUCAGAUCCACAGCCCAGAAUUCCAGGCCCCCCAAGGCCGCCACGACCUUGCCGGACGACAUCAUCACCCAGCGGGAGGAGGCCAAGCAGGCCGGGGAGCGGGAGGAGGAGGAGGAGGAGGAGGAGGACGGCGAGGAGGAGGCCGAGCCGGAGGCCGCGGAGGAGAGCCGGCCUCGGAGGCGGAGGCCAGCCCGGCCGCCCGAGCCGGAGGAGAAGGUCCGGGGAAAGAGGCAGAAGGACUUCGACAUGUCGGAACAGCACGAGUCCAGCGACGACGAGAGCCAGAAGAGAGAGCGAGCGCGAGCCGCGGAGGAGCCCUGGACUCAGAACCAACAGAAACUUCUGGAGCUAGCAUUACAGCAGUACCCAAAGGGAUCCUCUGACCGCUGGGACAAAAUAGCCAAGUGUGUCCCGUCCAAGAGUAAGGAAGACUGUAUCGCUAGAUACAAGCUGCUGGUUGAACUGGUCCAAAAGAAGAAACAAGCUAAAAGCUGAAUCUUCUGGAAGAUGAUGUUUACCUUAUUUUCCAAAAGGAUUAUUUUAAAAAUCUUAUGCAGAAAUUUGUAUUUUGUACCUCACUAUUUCUAUACGUCACGUGCCUUAGUAAAAAAAAAUUAAAAAUGUAAAAUAAAUGUUGUGCUACAUUGUUUAAACAAAUACUGUGUUAAAGGAGAAAAAAUCAGAUUUGGGUAUUUUAUAGAUUAUUUUCUCUCUCAUCACUGCAAAGUUUAAUUUCCUGGGGAACAAACUGAAUAGUGCUUUCUAACAGUCAGGCAAAUGUAUGAUUUUGAAGGAACAUAUGAGUGAACUAAUGUGUAAGAAUGAAAACUUAAUGUGUUUCUUUGACCAAAGAUCACACCAGCUAACGAGUAGCAGGAUGGCAGUAUUUGGGAGAAAAAACCAGCUUUGUAUUGAGCUAGCUGGCUGGGAGUAGUGUGGGGUUAUCUUAACUGUACGUAUAUGCAUAUGUUAUAUGUAUGUAGAAAAAAAUAAGUCUAAAUGCACAAGGACAUAAGUAAUAAACUCUAAGUUUGGAUGGUUUGGUA